UUCUCGUUGAAUUGAAGUGUAAAUAAUAGUAUUGAUCUGCUUGCUUCGGCCAUCUUUUUCCAUGUUUUGCUUGGUUGAUAUGCUUCUGGCGAUUAUUUUUUGAAAUGAGGUUUGUUUAAUUGGACUUUCUGCUGCAUAAUAAUCCUAAAUAAAAUUCAUGUGAGUGCCUUUAUUGUGUUCCUUUUAUGUUUUGCUUACUUUGACAAUGAUGCUUUCUUUUAAAGAUUUGUCUCUUUUAUGUGAUUAUGGGUUUUUUGGGUUUCAGAUGUGGAAUGAUGUUUUCUUGGCCCAAGCAGGUGACGAAAUAUGAUUUGGAGGCCGACUACUUCAGUUAUCCUUAUGAUGAUGUGAACAAAAGGAAGCUUGCCUAUAGCCAUCUUGGUAUUGGAGACAAGUAUCCAAAGACGAGGGGCAAGGAGGUGAGCAAGGGCGAUGAGGGAGGAGCAGACUCACCGGCUCGGACUCCUGGGCGAUUUUCAAUGGGGGGCAGGCUGCAAUCUCUCGUAACCAAACUGCUUCAAGUCGUGCCGGAGGUGCAGGUGACGAAAGUUGAGUACCUGAGUGAGCUUGUUUUGGCUCAUGUCAUGAAGAGACUGGUCCGAGGGAGGUGACACUGAAUGCGCUGAGCCGAUGUCAACUAAAGAAUAAAGUACCAAGAUAUUGCUGCUCUAGGCUGGCAUCCUGCCACUACUCGCUGUGUUGCUGCUCCAUGGCCAGGUACGGCAGCGAUGUGCUUGGUCCAGUGGAGGAAAGCGUCGUGGGAGAAGAGGAACAUCGGGAGCGGUUGAGGUUGAGCAGGAGAUGAAGGGUGUUGCCGUGCGCAGCACCGUGCCUGGUUUACCUUUGUCUCAUCAUCAAGUACGAUGGCAGCAGUCAGGUCUAAUUCGGCGGCGGUGUGGUUAGCGAGUCCUUUGUUCUUUUUAAGUAUUAGCAAACUUUUGGUGACAUCAUGCCACAUGUGGAUGAAUCAAAAUGGAAACCUUAGGGCCAAACCCGUGUCUCAAUUUUGGGAAUUGCGCCAGUGACGCAAUGGGUUAUUUAAGUAGAAUUACAACAAUGCGUAUUGCUCAACCUUAUUCUUCUCAAAGAGAAUCUAAUGCCUUGAAUCCUACCUAUUGUUUAUAUCAUUAAUA